GCAUUACUUUAUUGAGAAAAAUGAUGUGAUGCACACGUGUCGAAAGUGUGACAAUAAUGGGUAGUUAGGGCAGCCUAGCUAUUGAGAGUUGGGUGGCAUUCAGAGUUGCAACUUGCACGAGAAAUAUUGAGUACAGCAAACCCAACACGUUGCGCUUUCGUGUCCUCCGUUUGAACAGUCGAAAUUUCCCCCCUUUAGCGGUUACACAAUUAUUUGCAGACACACACACACAUGGUUUAUGUGUAUAUAAGGGGUUUCAAGAUUGGGAGGGGAUAUAUAAAUGUAUGUUGUUCACAUGAACAAAGGUUUGUUUUGAGUAUACAGAAAUGUUGAGCGGUGAUGAAGAAGAUGAUUCGCCUCAAGAAUGCAGGGAGAAAAGGCGGAGGACGAUUGGGAGGCGGCGAUUGGAGGAGGCAGCGGCAGCCUCUAGUGGUGGUGGAGGAUCCACGUCGUUUUCCUCUUCCGGUGGUUUGAAUGUCAUGCCGGAGAGCUCGCAACAGGGUGAUUCUGCAGGGGACAACAUUAAUAAUUCCGGGGCAGAGAUAGUUGUUCCGAUGGUUGGAUCAUUAGCGGUCGCCGGAAGGCAGCGUGACAUGGAAGAUGCAAUUACUGUUCGUACUAACCUUUGCUCCCCGGAGAUUACUCGUCGACGACCGGUUCAUUUCUUUGGCGUUUACGAUGGACAUGGAGGAUCUCAUGUUGCUUCAAUGUGUAAGGACAAGAUGCACGUGAUAUUACAAGACGAGCUGACGCGCGUGGGAAAUCACGCAACACCCCAUGCAAGUGGUGCUAGCAGCUCGAGAGUGGCGCGAGAAGAACAAUCCAUGGAUGAGAGUGGACUAAAAGAGGAAUGGACGAGAGUGCUGAAAUCGUGUUUUAUGAGAAUGGAGGAGGUGGUGCUGAACACCUGCAGCUGUGGGAUUGUCGGAUUACGCUGCAGUUGUGACCGAUAUGAGGUGAAUUUCGUGGGGUCUACAGCCGUGGUGGCUGUUUUAACACCUCAACACGUUGUUGUGGCCAAUUGUGGUGAUUCACGCGCUGUCCUGUGCCGCGGCGGGAGAGUAGUUCCACUCUCGUUCGAUCAUAAGCCAGAUAGAGAGGAUGAACGUGCUAGGAUGGAAGCAUGUGGUGGACGGGUCGUGUAUCUGGAUGGAGCGCGAGUUGAAGGGAUUCUUGCUAUGUCUAGGGCUAUAGGAGAUAGGUAUCUAAAACCCUUUGUGAUAUCAGAGCCAGAAAUUUCCUUCACAAAAAGGGAUGAAGAAGAUGAGUUUCUGAUUCUUGCAAGUGAUGGUUUGUGGGAUGUUAUGUCUAAUGAGAUGACGUGUGAGGUUGCACGAGAGUGCCUUCGAGAAGAAAAUCGGCAUGCCGAUUCCGGGGAUCCUAGUGCUCAGACUUCGACAACAAAUGAAGGUCCUGGAACACUAUUCCCAUCUCAAAGUGCAUCAGCAGCAGCACUACUUAUUCGCCUUGCCUUGGGGCGGAAAAGUGCUGAUAAUAUCUGCGUUAUAGUUGUCGAUUUGAAGAGAACUUUAAGUGAAUGAGGGUCGGACUUGGUAAGUUCCUUUUUUUU